UGUCGAUGCAACAUCAGAUACCAGUUUCUGCUUCUUGAUUCAUAAUGAUAUUUGAAAGAAUCCCCUCCAGAGCCAGCAUCAAGUCUCGACAAGUGUAUUUGUGAUAUGCUGGAAGACAACGUCAAUCCUCGGGCCAUGAAAGGGAUUACGUUUUUCCAGAGAAGCGAGAUUUGAAGACCCACUACACGCAGCGGGACGACAACGACCCAUGACUCGUACUCCGGAUUACAUUUGAGCGAGGUUGAGAGGAACAGUUACGGGACUGUUGUAGUUUGACCACAUCACAACAUUAAGAGUUGUUAUUGAAAGAAGACAGGCAUGGGUGGAGGACAGAAAAUGGACGAGAUAACAACAGACUGAGAGGGACCACAAGCCAUCGACAGAGAUUGCCAUCCUGGGUCCAGUAUUGUCUCAGCCAUCUUGAUACGGAAUCCUCUGGAUAAUUCAGAAGCCUCUCCCUCUCUCGUGUGUGACUGUGAUAGAAAGAGCGAGAGAGAGAGCGAGAGAGAGAGAGAGAGAGAGAGGGGAGUUGCUGAGCUCACUCACCACACCCACCAUGCCGGGUCCUGCUGCUGUCAAUGCAGUGGCUGUGGCUGGCUGGCUGCUGGCCGCCCUGGGCCCGUGUCUGUCUCUUCCAGCUGAGGACAGCGCCGAGCCGGGCUUCUCCCUCUGCAGCCACUGCUUCUACAGACAGAAGCCCCCCCAGGGAGCCUCUGCAGGGGCACUGCUGCGCCCCCUCUGCCACAGCCUACCCAGGGGACAGGCAUUUGCAACGCUCUACAAUCCGACCUGUGACACGGCUGCCUACUCUGCAUUCCAUCUCAGCCACGGAUGGACAGAGAGAGGGGGAGAGGAGGGAGAAGAGCUGGUGGUGAUAAAGAACGAGGCUGAUGAUGUUCAAGUGUUAGUCCCAGCUCUUCUCCAAGGAGUUGGGAGUGAAUCUCGGAUCGCUUCUCCUACAAACACCCCUCCUCAACGUUGGGACCUGUCAGUGGCAGAAGUGGUCCGGUCAAUCCUCAUUCCAGACUGUAACUCUCUAGGAGGCGAUCUCUACAUACUGACAGGGGCGGGAGGACUAGGGGCCGCUGAAGGUGGAGAUGCAGCAUGCAGGGCCAAGUUUCUUUGGUCUGCAGUGUGCUGCACUGUCUCAGAAGAGGAGGGGGGCUUCAGCAUAGGGUUAGUGAGAGAGGAAGGGGAAGGGGAAAGGGAUGUUAGUGUUAAGGAGCUGGAGGAGAUGCUUGGAGUAUCAGAACUGUUUUCUGAAGGGUGCACGGGAACGCACAGGGAGAUUAAGGCAGGCGAAGCGAGGCUUCUCAGGGAGGCGUUGUCUGGAAACGUGGAGAAGCUGGAUCCAGAGGCUUCUAGUCAAGAUGCAAAUGAGAAUGUUGGUGAAAGUGCUGAGGCACCCGUCGCUAAGGAACAAGUGGCCAGUAAUGAAGCUGAGCCAGAGGAGGUUCGAAAUGCAGAUGUCACACGGGAAACUUCUUCAGUGACCUCAGAGGGCACGCUUGAAGAGCAGAGUGACACGACACACUCGGAGGCUGCCAACUCAGAGUUUCUUCAGUCUUCGGAUGACAAUGAGAUGAAGGCUGCGGCAGAGACAGACACAGAGACCAGCAGCACUCUGGUCUGGAUUAUCUACUCCACCUUAUCCUUACUGACCACUCCACUCCGCCUUGUCGUAUCCGCCAUCACACAGUUGCCUGGACAGGUGACCUACAUUCUUCAGGAGGACCUGGGAGUUCUCUCUGUGCUACCUGGAGACACCUUCUCCCUCUUCCACCUCAUAACCUCUGACCUUGUAUCUGGGUUGGGCUCAGCCGUGGACAUGCUGCUGGGCCUGGGGGAGACCUGCUUCUCUUGCGUCUACCACUGCACCUCCUCUAUGUUGGAAGCUCUGCUCACUAGCUGCCAGACGGGGGUCACAGGUGUGGGGGUCUUAGCCAGUGACACAGUGGGGAUAUUUUCCGGGGCAGUGGACAAUGCUUGGUGGGUGACCAGCUUCUUUGGGGGGCGACUGUGGGAACAAAGCGAGGGGUAUGUAGGAACACUGGUGUCAGAGAUGGGAGGUCAAGCGAAAACUGUGGGCGGAGGACUCGGGAGCCUGGCGUGGCGAAGUGGAAAUGGGGUGGGGAAUGUGGUGGGGCUGGUUUCGGGGUUGAUAAUGGGGGCUGCGGAUAUGGUAUUUGGUGCAGUAAGGGGGGCCUUUGGGCAGGAGUCAGAAUGAUGCCAAGUAAAGAAUCUAGACUCCAGAUAGGACGGCUUUAAGAAAAAACAUAGAAACAAGGAAAACAAUACAAAGUUUGACAGAGACUACUGAAAAGAUGUCUCAGUCGUUGUAGAAAUAGUACCACACAAAUGCUGCAACACCUUUUUUUAAUGUGAUUCCGUUAUACAUUGGUUUGCCGGACAAUUUGCCCUACACUUGUUUAAAAAAACUAGCUAGUCCAAAGUAAUUACCAGAGAGGUUAAACAGGUAACACUGCGAUUCUAAAAACUGGGUUUAGUUUCAGCUUUAUUAUUGCUGUUGUAACAAAGCUUUUGGGAAUAAAUGCUUUGGUCAGCUCUUGUAUGAAAAAUGUUUGCUUCUGUAUUUUCAAUUAAAAGAGGUUGCUGAUUUAUCAUA